CAUUCACCAAAACCCUGUUUGGGGUUUCUCUCUCUCUCUCUCCGCCGGUUUGUAGCCAUCUCUUCAGAGGUGUUGCUCCUUUGUGGCAUGUUCUUGGUAUAGCUAGUACUAGUAUUUAUUACCCAAAAAAACACAGAGAGAGAGAGAGAGAGAGAGAGAGAGAGAGAGAGAGAGAGAGAGAGAGAGAGAGAAAGUCCUAAUCAUGUCUGUGGCACCGAGCAGUGCCUCGUUCAUGGCACAGGCCACCAGGAACGGCACGCCCGAGCUCGAAACCUUCCACAAGUUCUUCGAGUGCUGGCUCGUCGAACAAGACCAACACCUCCAACAACUCAUCUCCGCUUCCAGAAACAACGACGACAACAACAACGACGGAGCGACAUCCGAGUCGACUCAGCAGCAGCGGAGCGAGAACCGGAGCGAGUUACGGCUGCUAAUCGACCGAGUCGUCCAGCAUUACGAGCAGUACUACCGGGCGAAAUCUAGGUGGGCCAAAGAGGACGUGCUGGGGAUGCUCUCCCCUACCUGGCGGAGUACCCUUGAGGACGCUUUCCUUUGGAUCGGUGGGUGGAGACCCAGCAUGGCUUUUCACUUGCUCUACUCCAAGUCCGGGCUACAACUCGAGGCGAAACUCGCUGAGUUGAUUCGUGGACUCAGCACCGGCGAUUUGGCUGAUCUCUCUCCGAGUCAACUCAUACAGGUUGAUGAGUUACAGAAGAGUACCAUAAAGGAGGAAAAGGAGAUCACGGAGAAGUUGGCCAAGCAUCAGGAAACGGUUGCAGACUCGUCGAUGGUGGAGUUGUCGCACGUGGUGAGCGAGCUGUUGCGAAGUGGCAGCAGUGGGAGCGCAGCAGGGGAUGAGGCGGACGAGCGAGUUGAGUCAACUCUGGCACCCAAGGAGGAAGGGUUGGAAGAUUUACUCCACAUGGCGGAUGAUCUACGGCUGAGGACGCUAAAGGGCGUAGUUGAUAUUUUGACUCCAAUCCAGGCCGUCCAUUUCUUGAUUGCUGCUGCUGAGUUGCACUUGAGGCUUCACGAGUGGGGUAAAAAGAAGGAUGCCAUGAACAACCGAUACCAUCAUGCACCUGGCGGUGAUGGGUCCACAACCCAGCCAAAUCUACCAAGUUGAACUUUAUGAUGAUCGAUCAACGAAAGAGAUCCCAAGUUGCGGUUUAAAAGGACGGUACUUCUUUCUUUUGCUUAAGUUUUGAAGGUCUUCUAUUUUCUAUUUUGGACUCGGUCUUCUUUGCAGUCGCAUGAGUGACUACGGGGUGCGAUUUGCCCACAGUCAAAAUCCUUCCUCCAUUAUCUAACGUGCGCGUUUAUAAAGUAGGGCGGAUGUUUGGACACUCAUAAACACUUCCAUCAGAACACUUUUGUGUUUCGAAAAUAUUAAGACUGUCUUUUCUAAUGAAGUUUUUCGAUGGAGUGGUUGUGGGUAUCCAAUGAACUUAAAUUUUUGAGUGACCGUGUUGUUCUACAAGUCCUACAAAUAGGAACGGCUCGGAACAUAAAGAAGGAUUAGAGUGUGGGGAAUUGCAUUCUGCAGUCUGAUCAAGAAGCUGAAUCCUUCCUACUUUAUGGUGUUGAAGCUUUUUAAAACUAGGAAGCAAGAUGUUAUUAGGUGCUCGAUCAGCUGGUGUUCUAAAAGCUUUUCUAUUAUGAACCUAUUCCUGACUUUAUGAAUCGAGUAUGAAUGUUUCUCAAAUCACAAGAUCAGAAGUUUAACUGUUAGGUCA